AUGACGUCCACGCCCGUACAGCGCGUCGUGCCGCCCGCCGAGACCAAGACGCCCGAGUACGCGCUCGACGAUGAAGGCCUCUCCAACUCGGUCAACGGGUACCCAUACACCAAUGGCAAUGGACGCGAAAAUGUCCCCCUCCUGGCACCGAUGCCGAGGCUAGCCGUUCCCGUCGCGCCGCUCAGCCGCCCAGGCACAGCGGCGAGUGACAGGAGCGGACGCGGCAUCCUACGGCGCAUAUUCAUCGACCGCAUCGGCACGCCGUCACAGCACCUCCUCCGGCCGACAUUCCCGCCCGUCUCGCUUACCACCUACUCGCCGGUUCCGGUGACGCCCAUGAGCCGUUGGGAAUGGGUCCGGCUCGCAGUGCGCCAGACCUUUAGCUUUGUCGUGUCAACAUUCUUCCUCGCUUGUGUCACAAUGUGGGCGUUUGGUGCCGAGGCGAUCAUGCUACUGCCGACCUGGCUGAACCCGCCCGUUAAGCCAACGUACGACUGGGACGAUGACGAGCACUGGCGUAAGGCGGAUGCCACGGUCAGCAAGGAACCGCAGUUCUACGCGCGGCAGAUCGGCAUGGAUAUCGAGAACCAGACGGUCGAGACUGAGGAUGGAUUCCAUCUGAGAAUGCACCGCGUCAUUGAUCCUGAAGCGCGCCCCCACGCUGACGGGCGUGGCGGCUUCCCCGUUCUCAUCUUGCAUGGCCUGUUCCAGUCCUCUGGAUCAUUCGUCACGUCCGAGGAGCGCUCUCUCGCCUUCUGGCUCGCCAAGAAGAAGGGAUACCAGGUGUAUCUGGGCAAUACUCGCGGCGUGUUCGACAUGGGCCAUCACAGCUACUCGCGCAGCGACCCGCGAUUCUGGGACUGGACGAUCCGCGAUCUGGCGAUGUACGACCUCCCGGCGAUGGUGGACCACGUGUGCAAGGAGACGGGGUACGACAAGAUUGCGUUCAUUGGGCAUUCGCAGGGCAACGGACUCACUUUUAUCUCGCUCUCGCUCGGCAUGGUGCCUAACCUCGGCAAGAAGCUGAGCGUGUUCAUCGCCCUCGCGCCGGCUGUAUACGCAGGUCCGCUGACCCAUGGGUUCCCGUUCACGACACUGAACCGACUCGAGUGGCCGGCGUGGCGGCGCAUCUUUGGGGUUCUCGAUUUCAUCCCCCUCAUGCGGUGGGCGUAUGAUUACUGCCCGCCGCGCAUCUUUGCGACGAUGGGGUAUAUCAUGUUCGCGUUCCUGUUCCAGUGGACAGACGCAAACUGGCUCCUGCGGCGCAAGACCAAGAUGUUCCGCUUUACGCCAACACCGGUAAGCUCGGCGUCCAUCUUCUGGUGGUGCGGCAAAGGUGGGUUUGCAGACCGCAAGUGUACCCUCGACGACAGCCUGGAACGGUGGUACGACGAACGCUUCCCCCCGCUGUCCAUCUACUACGGUGGGCGCGACUACCUCGUAUUGUGCGAGCCGCUGCUCGAGCGCCUCAAGCAUAAGGAGAAGGAUGUGCGUGUGCUCAAGGUCACCAAGCUUGACCUGAGCGAGCACUGCGACUUUUACUGGGCCGCCGAGGCUGUCGAGUGGGCGUACGACUCGUUUGUCGACGACAUCGAGCGCACACGGCCACGAUACCCCGAAGAAGAGGGGUAUGUCGAAAACGAGAACGAGCACGUAGACUUGUAG